CCGGUUAUUAAUAUGGUGGAGUACGUGAAUCGCCGCUGUCGAGUACUACGGUCGGGUACAUGGCAAGCUACCGGGUUCGGUAGGUUUAUUAACGGUUUGUAUUCAGCGGCUAACUCCGCCUACGCCUCUUCCGUCCAGCUCGAGUCCUGAGGUGAAUAACGAGCGCAACUGACAGGAAUAGGAACGUCUUGUGAGAAGUACGACUGUUUACACCGAUGUACAGAAAGUGACUGGCAUUUUAGAGCAAUCGGUGGUCAUUUGUUAAAUUUAGAGUUAAAGGUAACGUAGCUACUUUUACCUCAGUUUACAUAUCAAAUGUCUUUUCCUUAAAUGUCACUUCCGUAUUGUGUGAGAUCGGAUAACUGUGGCCAUAUAGAUAUUGUUGCUUUAUAAAAGCACGCCAGUGUUACAUUAUCUAGACGUCGAGAGGAGACUAUAGCGAUAUUUGGCUGUCCUGCUUGUAAAAACAUCGCUAGUCCGGGUCUGUCCCAGGCAUGAAGAGGAAAGCUAAAGCUAUGGGUGCAACUCACAGCUCUGAAUCUGCCUCAAGACACAGUGUGCCGUCAACGUCGCUGUCACAGGAAGAUUUCUUCCCUUUUCCUCUGGAGAUCCUGGAGGAGAUCUUUCUGAAUCUUCCUCCUCAUCAGGUGGUUUGUAUUUGUCGGUUAGUGUGCCAUCAAUGGAAAGAAGUGGCUGACAGUGAGUCUCUGUGGAAAGAGAGAUGUAGAAGAGAAAGAUAUCGCCUUCGCGAUGCUUCCAAAAUACCCAGAGACUGGAGGUCGUUUUAUUUCUUGUGCAAGAAGAGGAGAAAUCUUCUCAAGAAUCCAAGAGGAGAACAUGAAAUGAAGAAUUGGAAGAUAUUGGAGAAUGGUGGCCAUUGUUGGAAAGUAGAGGAAGUUAUGGUGCCACAUCCAAAUGAGGCAGUUCAGAAAAACUUUGUGACCUCUUUUACAAUGUGCAAGAAGUCGCAGCUGAUUGAUUUGGACAUGGAAGGUUACAACCCAUCAUUUAUGGAUCAGUUCCAGCCAGACAUCAAAAUAUCUGAUUGGUAUGCCCCACGGUGGGAUUGUGGCAGUGAAUAUGAGAUCUGUGUAGAGUUGCUGGAUCGAAAGAAGCAACCCAUCGAGACAUUUGCCCCUGAGACUAUUUGCUUUCAGCAGUGGAACGAUCAGAAAUGGAAUGAGAUGACCCAUGUAUUCCAGGACUACGGACCAGGGGUGAGAUACAUCCGUUUUACCCAUGGAGGCAAGGACACACAGUUCUGGGCAGGAUGGUACGGCAUUCGAGUUACUGACAGCUGUGUUGAGAUAUGUCCAGCAAUGAUGUCACCUUAAUCAUCAGAUGGAUUCAUCUAAUGCCUGCUUCCUGCCUUUGCCUGAAUUUGCUUAAUUGUACCACAUAUUACUUGCCUUAUAUAAUCUGCAGUCAUUUAACAUGUUAAAGGGGCUUUUCUUAGGGUAAAAGGCUAUAAAUAUUGUAUCACUUUUGUUAUGAAAGGCUUUCAAAACACCCCUAUGCUGCCCCUUGAGAAGACAUACAUGUAGAUUUACAGUAGCAUAGCACACUUUGCAGCUGUAAGGGUCAUAAGCUAAAAUAAUACUAGUAACGUAUUUUCCAUAACACAUGUGGAAAUGUUUUUUUAAAUUAAGUUAAGAUACCAUUUGAAAUAUUAGAAAAUAGGAAUAUUAAUAUAACAUGUAUUUUACUUACUUAAUUAUCUAGAAUAUAGGUGAAAAUUUUGAAAAUUAGGUUCAUGGGCCCACUUUUCCCAAAGAGCAACAUACAUGUAUCUUUGCAGUAAGGUUAGUUGUUUGAGUACCAAAGCGCCAAAUCACAUCACAGUCACUUUCAGGUUCACAAAGCAGGAAAUCAGUUCAACAUUCUAUAAUUUUAAUAAAAAUGUACACUUGAGGCAGAAUUAAAGUUCUCUGAUGUUUGUUUCUCAGCCAUAUUCAUUGAUUGGUGAUAAUACAUUAAGCUAAAUCAAGCCGUCAGUGGAUGUGCUGAUCCACGAUAAGGCCAGAAUUAAUGCUACAUGAUUGAUCUCUCAGAUGACAAGGGAUUGUCUAUAAAUGCCAGUUUAACACUGCUGCUACUAUUUGACAAAUGAAUGGAAAUAUUUUUUGCACCGCUCUGUAAUGUGUGUAAGCUGUGAUGCUGAAGAAUUGUGAUGAAGAAUUUUUGUUGUUGCAUAA